AUGGGAUUGAGUUCUUCCUCUUCUUCCCCGGGGAAUUCAAUGCAGAAUACCAUUGUUUAUUCCUGGAAGUUCAGCUUAAGAAGCAUCCCAAAAUGGCUACAUUCUGAGCCAUUAGAUGCCUUGAGAAGUUCCCCAAAAUGGCUACAUUCUCAGCUGGCGGAUCCUCAGGAGUUCUCCGGUGAGAAAGGCAAGGAUAGAAAGAUAUUGGACAACAUCAAAUGGGGUUUGAUGAGGUUUGUUUUUGUGCUCAUUUUUGCAGCAUUUGGUGUGGUCCUUUUAAGGUUGGUGCUUGCUAAUGGUGGUAACCAAGUGAACGUAGUCCCAGCAAAGGGCUCCACCAAUCCAGGAGAUUUUGGGUACCAAAAGGUCAAUAUGGUUGUGGAUAGUGUAUUAGAUGAUAUUAAGCAUUAG